GGCGGCGCCGCUCCCGGCGCGGUGUCUGCCCCGCUGAACCGUGACGGGAGCGCCGCGGGCGGCAGCGGCCCGGGAACGGGGUUGGGCAGCGCCUCACGGUCCCCGUGUCCACACCGGGCCGGCGGGAAGGGCCGGAACGGAAGCUUCCCGGAACCCGCGUGGCUGGCCCGCGCUUCCUGCAGCGGCUGGUGCUGGGCUGGGUUCCGGUUCCGGGUGCGGUCGCGUCCUGAGCAGGGUCGCGGACGGGCAGGUAUGGGGCACGGAAGUGGCCAUGGCCAUGACAAAGUGGAGCUCCCUGACUACAGGCAGUGGAAGGUGGAGGGAACUCCCCUGGAGGAGGUGCAGAAGAGGCUGGCGAAGCGGGGUCUGAGGGAUCCGUGGGCUCGUAAUGAAGUCUGGAGGUACCAGGGUAGCUUUGCAAGACCUAUCACCGUAAUAGAAAUCUUUACCAGGGGACUCAAGUGGGGAGCUGCAGCUUUUGUCAUAGCUCUGGGCAUUGAAUAUUCAUUGUUUCCUCCAAAGAAGAAUGGAGGCCACCACUGAAGAUCAAGUAUGACAACUUAAUACUUCCUAAUCAUAAGCUGAAGCAUAUAUAAGCCUGCUGCUGACUCUGUACUUAUAAUAUGCAUAUUAAAGUCUAUCACAGGCAAACCCA